AUCCCUGAAUCGACUGCGCAUGCGCACGACGAUCCCAUUCUUGUCCUGCAGGCAGAAUUCCGGGUGGAGAGAGAGAGAGAGAGAGAGAGAGAGAGAAAGAGAAAGAGAAAGACAGAUUUGAGGCCGUGGACUGUUUAUGUACAACGACAAAUAAGAGCCGGACCGGGUGCUGCGUUUUAAGCAGGAUAUGGGCUCUCCAGGGCAGAUCCCGGGACAAGACAUGGAGCUCUAAGCUAGCCCUCUCCAUCCCUCUCUGUUUGCUGCCUUGCACUCUGCUUGCCAAAACCACCUCUUCUAGCCCUGCUAUAGCGGUUUGGCUCUGACUCCUCUUAAGAGAAGAAGAAGGGGGGGAAAAAAACCCAAGUGGGAGGGAGUAGUAAACUUUCCCCAGCUGCUGUCCAGACACACACAUGGUGCAUUGCUGCCAUUCCCCAAGCCCUGCUCCAUCCUUCCCUAGGGCACGGCCACUAGCCUGCUAGCGAACUAGCACUUCACACAAAGAACAAGGCCUGUCCUCUGGGAUAAAAAUACAAACAGACUGUGUACACUUGGCUCUUUUCUUUUCCUCCCAUCCCUUUCCGGGUCACCCAGCAGACACACUUAUUAACUGGGGCUCCUUUUGUUUAGCUGUCAUUCCCGCUGCUUUGAGCAGUGGAGGAUUGUUAGUAGCCAGCCAGCCAGUCAGUCAUUCAGCCAGGCAGACUGAGGAAUCCUGAGGGUUUGGUUAUCAGAGGCGAGGAUGAUGGAGCCCAGCAUGGAGAACUGCCUGGCCCAAGUCCUGCAGAAGGACAUGGGCCGACGGCUGCAGGUGGGGCAAGAGAUCAUUGAUUACAUUUUGGACAAGGAGAAGUCCCACGACCUGGAACAGGAUCAGACCGCACUGGACAAGAUGGUUGACGGCAUUGCCAGCUCCUGGGUCAACUCCAGCAACUUCAAGGUGGCUCUGCUCGGCCUGGACCUCUUAUCUGCCUUAGUGACGAGGUUACAAGAGCGGUUUAGGACCCAUGUAGGAACAGUUCUGCCCAGCCUUAUUGAUCGAUUGGGAGAUUCAAAAGACCAAGUGCGAGACCAAGACCAAAUAGUACUGCUAAAGAUCAUGGAGCACGCUGCUAGCCCGCAGUAUGUGUGGGACAGGAUGCUGGGAGGCUUCAAACACAAGAACAACAGGACCAGAGAAGGAGUGUGCCUUUGUCUUAUUGCCACGCUGAACACAUACGGAGCUCAAGGCCUGACCCUCAGUAAAAUUGUCCCUCAUAUAUGUAACCUCUUGGGGGACCCCACAAGCCAGGUACGUGAUGGAGCUAUGAGCUGCCUGGUGGAGAUCUACAGACAUGUGGGUGAGAGGGUGAGGAUGGAUCUCAGCAAAAAGGGCCUUCCACAGUCACGGUUGAAUGUAAUCUUCAGCAAAUUUGAUGAAGUCCAAAAAUCCGGGAACAUGAUCUCAUCCUCUGGCUCAGACAAGAACUUCGAGGAUGAAGACUCUGUGGAUGGAGGCCGGUCCUCCUCCUCUUCAUCAUCCAAAGCACCCCCCAGUGGCAGGAGGACUGUAGUGAGCUCCGUUAGAAGGCCCAGCUCAGCCACCGCAGCUAAGGCGGCAGGUAAAGAAGCAGGUGCCGGAGCUGUUGAUGAAGAGGAUUUCAUCAAAGCCUUCGAAGACGUGCCCUCAGUCCAGAUCUACUCUAACAGAGAGCUUGAGGACCAGCUGUCCAAGAUCAGAGAAGUCCUGUCUGAUGACAAACAUGACUGGGAACACCGAGUGUUGGCGCUAAAGAGGGUCCGUUCUGUCAUGCUGGCUGGGGCAAUUGAGUACGAGGGUUUCCCUCAGCAGCUGCGUCUCCUAGAGGCUCCAUUAAAACUGUCAGCUAAAGACCUGCGCUCACAGGUGGUCCGUGAGGCCUGCAUCACACUGGGACAUUUGUCAUCGAUUCUGGGUAACAAGUUUGACCACGGAGCUGAGAGCAUCAUGCCCACACUGCUGAACCUUGUACCCAACAGUGCCAAAGUCAUGGCCACAUCUGGAAUGGCUGCCAUCCGCCUCAUCCUCAGGCACACACACUAUCCACGUCUCAUCCCCAUCAUCACCAGUAACUGCACUUCCAAAUCAGUAGCAGUCAGACGGCGCUGUUAUGAGUUCCUAGACCUCAUGUUACAAGAGUGGCACACUAAUACACUGGAAAGACAUGUGGCUGUUCUGACUGAGACCAUCAAGAAAGGCAUACACGAUGCUGACUCCGAGGCCAGAUCCAUUGCAAGAAAGUGCUAUUGGGGUUUCCACGGUCACUACAGCCGUGAGGCAGAGCAUCUGUUCCAGGCACUGGAGUCCACCUAUCAAAAGGCUCUUCAGUCCCACCUGAAGAGCUCUGACAGCAUCGUGUCUCUUCCCCAGUCUGACCGCUCUUCGUCAUCUUCCCAGGAGAGUCUUAAUCGGCCAUUGUCUGUGAAAAGUGUCAUUGGAGGGAGCAUGACAAGGAGUAAGCUGGUGAGCACCAGGGUGCACACUACACCGGGAUCUCUGCAGCGCUCCCGUAGUGACAUCGACGUAAACGCCGCCUCCAGCGCCAAGUCUCGUCUGUCCACCGUCCCCGCCUCCUCACCGUUCAGCUCGGCGGCUGCCCUUCCCCCAGGGUCCUACGCCUCAUUAGAUGGUACUCCCGGUAAAAGCGAUGGUCGUGUUCGUACCAGGAGACAAAGCUCGGGCAGCGUGGGCGGGGCCAGUACAUCGGUGGUGGACAGCAGGGGACGCAGCAGAGCCAAAGUCGUCUCCCAGUCCCAGCGAUCCAGAUCAGCCAAUCCCAUCAGUGCCGGCAGUCGCUCCAGCUCCCCGGGGAAGUUGCUCGGCCACAGCAGCUACGGCCGCAUCCCACGAGCCACGGCAUCGGCCUCCACCACGCCAGCAGACAAGCGCAGCAGGAUCCCUCGCAGCCAGGGCUGCAGUCGCGAGACCAGCCCCAGCCGAAUGGGCCUCGCCAGCCUGUGUGGUAAAGCUCUUCUUCCUGCUGCUCUUCCCUACCGCACGCUAGCCCGGAGCCGCAUUCCCCGUCCCAGCAUGAGUCAGGGCUGUAGUCGCGACACCAGUCGCGAGAGCAGCCGCGACACCAGCCCCGCUCGGGGCUUCGCUCCACUGGCCUCCCGACGUCACUCCCGUUCAACCAGCGCUCUCUCCACAGCCGACCCCCACAGCCAGUCAGAUCGAUAUGGUGUGAUUCACCAAGCAAGAAUCUCUGCGUCAGUUAACGCCAUGAGGGUCCUUAACACCGGCACAGAGGUGGAGGCUGCAGUUGCUGAUGCUCUGCUAUUAGGAGACUCCAGGAAUAAGAGGAAGCCGCUGAGGCGGCGGUACGAGUCACCAGGGAUGUACUCCGAUGACGACGCCAACAGCGAUGCUUCCAGUGCCUGCUCAGAGCGCUCGUACAGCUCACGGAACGGAGGCAUCCCCCAUUACCUGCGCCAGACGGAGGACGUGGCAGAGAUCCUGAACCACUGCGCCAGCUCCAACUGGUCAGAGAGGAAGGAGGGACUGCUGGGCCUGCAGAAUCUCCUCAAGAGCCAAAGAAUACUGAGCCGUGUGGAGCUGAAGAGACUUUGCGAGAUCUUCACAAGGAUGUUUGCAGAUCCACACAGCAAGAGAGUGUUCAGCAUGUUCCUGGAGACUCUUGUGGACUUCAUCACGGUACACAGAGAGGACCUGCAGGACUGGCUGUUCGUCCUGCUCACUCAGCUGCUGAAGAAGAUGGGGGCAGAUCUGCUUGGCUCCGUCCAGGCCAAAGUCCAGAAGGCCCUGGAUAUCACAAGGGAGUCGUUCCCAUUUGACCAACAGUUCAACAUCCUGAUGAGGUUUAUCGUCGAUCAGACUCAGACUCCUAAUCUCAAGGUUAAGGUGGCCAUCUUGAAGUACAUUGAGUCCCUGGCUCGGCAGAUGGACCCGACGGACUUUGUCAACUCCAGCGAGACGCGCCUGGCCGUAUCUCGCAUCAUCACCUGGACCACUGAACCUAAAAGUUCUGAUGUUAGGAAGACCCUUCAUAACUGGGUGAGCGAGGAGCUAGCUGGCAGGUCCAGUACUGCAGCCUUACUGUCCACUGAGGGCAACCAGGAAGAAAGGUGUAAGCAGGCGGCCCAGGUGGUGCUGAUCUCUUUGUUUGAGCUCAACACCCCCGAGUUCACCAUGCUGCUGGGGGCUCUGCCCAAAACCUUCCAGGAUGGAGCUACCAAACUGCUGCACAACCACCUGAAGAACUCCAGCAACACUAGCAGCAGUGUGGGGUCUCCGAGCAACACCAUCGGUCGGACAUCGCAGCGCCACACUCCCAGCAGGACCAGCCCCCUCACCUCUCCAACAAACUGUUCCCAUGGAGGACUAUCUCCAAGUCGGUUAUGGGGUUGGGGUGUCGACGGACUGUCAAAGCACCCCCCUGCCCCUCCUCCUCCUCCUCCACCCCACUCCACCCCUGCUGCCCCCUCCCUAAGGGUCCUGCGCAGAGCAUAUUCACCCAGCAUGAUGGAGUACGACACAGAGAACAUGAACUCAGAAGAGAUCUACAGCUCGCUGCGUGGCGUCACCGAGGCCAUCCAGAGCUUUAGCUACCGGAGCCAGGAGGACCUGAACGAGCCAAUAAGGCAGGAAGGGAAGAGGGACGAUGCAGCAGGAAGAGAAGGCGUCGCGUCCUCUCACGGUUCUGACCCCCGCUUGGGCUUAGACAUGGUGGAAGGGGGUCGCACCGCCUUAGACAACAAGACCUCACUUCUCAACACGCCAUCACCUCGCUCCUUCUCUGGGCCACGGAGCCGCGAGUUUGCUCCUUAUGGCUACGGAGAAACCAUCUGCACGUAUGACAAGAGCGCCCUGAAAGAGGCCGUCUUCGACGAUGACGUGGAGCAGUUCCGCGACUGCCGACGUCAGGAAAGUGGUGAAAACAAGAUGACGAUCCCCAAGGUCUUUGGUCCUGCAGUCGGUCAGGACCACUCAGACAUGGUGGCCGAUCUGCUUAAGGAACUGUCCAAUCACAACGAGCGUUCCGAGGAGCGUAAGGGCGCCCUGGUGGAGCUGCUGAAGAUCACACGAGAAGACAGCAUGGCUGUGUGGGACGAACACUUUAAAACCAUCCUCCUACUCCUGCUGGAGACACUGGGAGAUAAAGAUCACACUAUCCGAGCCCUGGCCCUGCGUGUGUUGAAAGAAAUCCUGAGGAACCAGCCGGCCCGCUUCAAAAACUAUGCUGAAUUAACCAUCAUGAAGACCCUGGAGGCUCACAAAGACUCUCACAAGGAGGUGGUGCGUGCAGCCGAGGAGGCGGCGUCCACCCUGGCUGGCUCCAUCCACCCGGAGCAGUGCAUCAAGGUGCUGUGCCCUAUUGUGCAGACAGCCGACUACCCCAUCAACCUGGCUGCCAUCAAGAUGCAAACCAAAGUCAUGGAACGCAUCGCAAAGGACUCUUCACUGCAGCUGCUGCCCGACAUCAUCCCAGGACUCCUGCAGGGCUAUGACAACACAGAGAGCAGCGUUCGCAAGGCCAGCGUGUUCUGCCUGGUUGCUAUCUACUCUGUGAUUGGCGAGGACCUCAAACCCCACCUGGCACAGCUCACGGGUAGCAAGAUGAAGUUACUGAACCUGUACAUCAAGCGGGCCCAGACCACCAACAGCAAUAGCAGCAGUUCCUCGGACGUCUCCUCUCACAGUUAAUAGAGCGAGCUUUGAUUUGGAAACCCCCGCGGAUGGGCGACGGUGGAUUUCCGAGGCACACUCGCGCUUCUUUCAGAGUUCUCCAUCUCUGAGCGUUCCCUCCUUCUCAUCAUAACUCCUCUGCGCUUUCCCCCAGUUUUCUUUAGUUCCUCCUCCCUCACCUUUGCUCUGGAAACUUUUGAAUGUAACUGUGGAUUGGUUUUAGACUGGUGGGGAGGGAAUAAACACAUUUUGGAGUUUUUGGAUGUAGGAAAUGCACUUUCUCUUCCUCCUCGGGUUCCCACAACCUCCACAUCGCCUUUUGUCAAAGGAAAACCUGUUCCUCCCUCAGCCCUCAGAUUCGAUAGAAUAAGGAGUUUUUACGUGAUGCAGUGAAAUAUUCAUCACCAGAGUGGAGGAAAUUUCUGUCCACUCAUCUAGAGUUUUGGAAUGAAAUGUCAUUUGGCUGGCCCAGUGAUGGUAAUGAUUGGUUUUGGGAUGAAUUCUGGUUUGGGGAGCAUAAAAACCAAAUAUUAUAUGAAAAAUAAAAGAAAUGUGUUAAGGGAACAAUGUAUCAGAAAAAAAAGAGAGUACUGUACGGACAUUUUUAGUUGAUGUUUUAAGUUUAUUGAUCAUAGCUCACAGAGGCAUUGAUUGCAGUCUUUAUUUUAAAUUAGUUUAAUUUCUAAACUGAAUUCCCCUUUCACGAAAAACGUCACUCAACAAAUAGUUGCCAAAACUUUUCAUCUACAGAAUUGACAAUCCUUCAAAUUUUGUGCAGAACUUUUAUUUAUUAAGGUACAGAAGAUGAAAUCGCUGUUAAACUGCAGAAUUCAAGUUGUCUGAAUUUGUCUGAAAUUUCACAAUCAGCCGAGAGUAGACGUUUGUGAAAAGUUUUUUGUUUUUGUUUUGUUUUUAACACUGAACAUUCGCAAACCUUUUUUGUCCAACAUGCUUUCACAAACGGAUGCCUGUCGGUCGCCAGUUUGUGGCAUCUUACCUGUAAAUCCCUGAGGCUGCUGCUCAGUCGAGUGACUCUGUUUGAAGAGGAAGUCUUUUGUAAAUACUGCACAUGUUUUUUUUUCCCCGCUUGGAGUUGGAAGAGAGAUCCAGCGAUGCGAGACAGUCGAAAAAGACAUUACCAGGCCUUAUUCACUUUACACACACACACACACACGUUUGUUGACUGGGACUGCGGAGAGUGAAUGGGAUGUACAGCACUGUAACUCUUGACUCUCAAAAAAUGUGAAUCUGCAGGAAAACAGACCCCGGCAGUGAUCUUGACCUGUGACAAUACAAAUACAGUAUUAGUCGUUCUCCUCUGAUCUCCUUCUGUUCCUCCUCACGUAACCACAGCUUCUGCAAUAACCGUAAACCCACCAAUAAAGGUAUUUUGUACAUACACUUUUUGACCACUGCUUCGCAAAAUUUUACAUAAAGUCUAUGGAGAAAAAACAAAAAAGAAGAAGAAAAGUGACCAGGUUUACUAUCUCACUUUUUUGCACGUUAGCAAAAUAGCUUGCAUGUAACCUGCAGCACAGGUCCAACUAUGUGCUGUUUUUCGAAGGGCCCAGGUUUUUGGCUGUUAAAGUGCACUUGUAACAUCAUCAGAUUACUCAUCUCUGAUUUAACGUUUGGGUAGAGGAGGUAGUCACCUCAGCCAUGUUCAUGUAUUGGAAAGGUACAAAAUGGAGCAACUGUGACCAAAACCAUGAGUCUGGUAUAUUUAAGCUGGUACAAGUAUCCAGGCAAAUCCGCCUGUGUUUCCUUUUUUUUAUUUUUUUUAUUUCAGUGUUACGUUUGAGGUAUCAUGAAGCUUUAAAAUGUUGGAUUCCUCUUAAAGUUCAUGGUUUUAUUUAUCUCCGAGUCCCCAAAGAGAUAUCUUUUAUUUUUUAUUAUUGGAUGAUUUGGUUCAACACUAUAGGAAGAGAUCAGACACAUGAUGCCUUUUAAAUUCUGUUAUCUCAUUUCCUAACUUCUCGCAAAAUUAAGAAUAAUAAUUAAAAUAAUAUAAGUAUUCCUGGUUUCACCUGGGGACAAUGUGUUUUAUUUGAACGGUGUAUUCAUUUAGGGAAUCCACUGAAUAUUGUGGUUAUUUAAGUAAAUGAAUGUACAGACUUUACAAGUAUCGGUACUGAAAAUCAUUUCAGCAACAUGCAGCCCUGUACACUACCUGUACACUGUAAUAUGCCUGUCUGCACUCUUUCUUCUGAAUUUCCUCAACACCAUUAAUCAGCCUAGUUUAAGUUUUACCAGUUAAAGCAAAUCCACACAUGGCAUAAAGGGGGAAGUUCACCAAUCAGACUGCCGGUUGCUAGCAUCUGUUACCACAUUACUGGUCCUAGAAACAAGAAGGUAUUCGUUGCAAAACUGUUCACUAUGCAUGUUCUACAGUACACUGUCUUUCUUUUGUCGCAAUCGGUCAUGUAAUAUUCAUACCUGUAUUUAUAUAUUUUAUUUGAUCUUAUUUUAUUUUGUCCUCUCAUGAUAAACUGUACAGAAGGUUUUUUUUUUGUUUUUGUUAACUUCCACCUGUGAUAGAUUUGCAACAAUGUAAAGAAAUUGUUUGCUCUAGAAUUAAACAGAAUAAGAACC